UGGAUGGACCACCUGUCCUGUGCUCUUUGGGACGUUCCCCUGAGGAACCUAGCUAUACCAGGAAGCCAUAAUGCUAUAACCUACUGUCUGGAUAAGAGUGACCGCUCCCCUGUCGACCUGACCCAACCUGAUCUGCUGCAGAAGCUAGACAAAUACAUGAAGCCCCUGAUUCGACCAUUUGUUUAUAAAUGGGCAGUUACACAGGAGGCGACAGUGAAGGAGCAGCUAGACUGUGGGGUCAGAUAUCUGGACCUGAGGAUUGCACAUCGACCCAACGACACCUCUACUAACCUGUACUUCUACCACGGAGUGUACACUACACUCACUGUAGAGACCGUUCUUCAGGAGAUCAGAGCCUGGCUGGACGUCCAUCCCAGAGAGGUGGUUCUUCUGUCCUUCAGUCACUUCCUGGGUCUGAACCAGGACCUCCACACUGAACUCAUAUCCACCAUCAGAACCGUCUUCACCUCCAAGCUCUGUCCAACUACGGAAGUGGUGACACUGAGGAACCUGUGGUCGCUGGGUUACCAGGUGAUUGUCUCCUAUGAGCACUGCGUGGUCCGCCUCUACAGCGAC